UUCUUGAAACAUAUGACAAAUAAAAUGAUGUAAAAAAUAUGUUUUACACAUGUAGUAAAUUUUAAUGGUGUAACAGGAAAAAAAGUAGUGUGUCUCCACCAGUGAUCGAAGUAGUGUGUCUCCACCAGUGAUCGAAGUAGUGUGUCUCCACCAGGGAUCGAUGCAACGAUCCUCAGCUUACUGUUCUGCCACUCUAUGGACUAAAAAGAGAAAUUUCCCCUAGUGUGAGGCUAGAUGCAUGUACACCUUAUCCCUAUGUAUACUGGACAAUUAAAACCAUUGAAAAAAGUACGAAAACUAGAAUUUUUGAUGGCAGAUGCUGUAUCGCGAAAAUGUGGUCAUGUGAUCACUUGUGGAGGUGUACAAUCUAAUCACUGUAGAGCUACAGCCGUGGCCGCACGGCAGCUACAACUACAACCACACCUGCUACUUAGGACAGAUGUACAGGAUCAGUCAAAGAUAGGUAGUGAGGGGAACCUAUUGUUGGAUCGUCUUUGUGGAUCGAACAUGUAUAUUGUACCUAGGAAGUCACCGUAUGAAACCGAAUUAAAACCACGCAUGGAAACUUUGGCUAAAAAACUCAGGGAGGAAACGGGGAAGGAGGCCUAUCUGGUGCCAGUUGGCGGAUCCAACUCAGUCGGUUUAUUUGGAUACAUCACAGUGUUUGAAGAACUGAUUUCUCAGGGCCUGUUUGACCAAUUUGAUGACAUUGUUUUUGCCUGUGGAUCCGGCGGUACAGCAGCUGGUCUCGCUAUCAGUAAUCAUCUCACGGGAUCUCGCAUCAGAUGCCAUGCUAUCAUUGUGUGUGAUGACAAAGCCUAUUUUACUGACCACAUCAAUCAGACGUUGUGCAGUGUUGGACUUGACACUGUCCACUGCCAGGACAUACUGGACAUAAUUGAAGGUCACAAAGGUCGUGGAUAUGGUCUGUCUACAAGUGAGGAGCUAGAGUUCAUUAUGAACGUUAGUCAACAGUCAGGAAUAAUGCUGGACCCUGUCUACUCCGGGAAGGCUGCCAGGGGUCUGAUGGAGGAACUCCGUAGUAAUCCGGACAGGUUCCAGGGAAACCGCAUACUUUUCUUACAUACAGGUGGUGUAUUUGGUAUGUACGACGGUUCUCUAGAUUCUGUGGUAAAAGCGGAGACGAAGGAUUUGGUACAUAUGUGGCCAAGUAUAGACAGUUCUCCAGAGUGAGAGGCCAGUGAUAACACAUAUCAUUGUUACCUAGUCCCUGCCUUAGUAGAAAUAUCAAUUUAUGUUAAAAGAAAUACAGGGUCUGUCAUAUUCUUAUUUUCUAUGCAAUAUUCAAUUAGAAAUUUGUUUAAUUUAUAUCAAAUAUAUUUUUACAAAAUUUAUUUAUAAAUGACUACGGAUACUGAAUCACAUGAAGUGUUCAUAUGAAUUUUUAUCAUUUUAAAUUAUUUCUUGGGUACAAAUUUUGUGGUCACCCAACACAACAAUAUGACAAUAAUACAAACAACAACAUUCAUUGGAUAUAUAUUUCAUGUUUCCAUAGCAACCAGACAACAGUUCAGUGAUAUGAAUUUCGCUUCUCGAUCUGUCAAUCAUGCAUUUACUGAAGUUACCUAGAAUUUUAUUUGUGUUGCCAUAGUUACCAGAUCACGAAAACAACAGUUCAUGUUACACAGUGGUGUCAUUUUUGUUUCUCUAUCUGUCAAUCAUGUAUUUAUUGAAGCUACCUAGAAUUAUAAUUGUGUUCCCAUAGUAAACCAGACCAUGAAAACAAUUCAUGUUAUACAGUGAUAUGUUUUUCGCGUCUUAAUUUGUCAAACAUGUAUUUAUGAAGCUACCUCAAAUCACUCAUUUUAAUUAUAACCAAACUAGACACCGCUGUGAUAUGGGUCCAUCACCGAGUAAUGUUGUGUUUAUGUUCAUAUUGAAAUGGUGCUGAUACAUUGUGAUAUCCUACAUAGGCUCAUAGAAAAAUAUAACAUGGAAAAUUAAUACAAAUUGGAACCACCUUUUAAACGAAAAAGCAAAGUGUCCAUGUCUGUCGGAAACACAUAUUGUACCACAUCACCAGACAAUUUAAGCUGCAGGAUUUCGCUUAUUUUGUGCUAGAAUAUUUGGACCCGAUAAUCUAUAUUCUAGCUAUGUAUAUAUGAAGCUAUUGCUGUUGUUAUGGGGUUUACAUAAAGAUUUGUGAUGUUUAAUAAAUGUAAUAGUAGUAUUUAUGUAUGUCAUUCUAUUAUAAAUAAUAUGCUGAUGUUUAAAUCCAGGAUAUUUUACAGAGUUAUGUAUGCCUAUCGGAGUAUCCUUGUCUCCAUGGCAUUAUCAUCAGCAUUUUAAUGAUUUGUUCUCAGUGAAAGUUACACGUACGUAAAUUAUGGUUUUAAUUUGUGAUUAUAUACAAUGAUGUUAAUAUGUGAUUUGAUAAACUGAUGUAAUUUGUGAUUUAAUAAACUGAUGUAAUUUGUGAUUUAAUAAACUGAUGUAAUUUGUGAUUUAAUAAACUGAUGUUAAUUUGUGAUUUAAUAAACUGAUGUUAAUUUGUGAUUCAAUAAACUGAUGCUAACUUAUGAU